UGCCGCUCGUUAAAGGGCCAUGCACCGCGCGCGCCCGGGCAGACAUGGCGGCGGCGGCGGCAGCGCGGGGUCAUCAGCGCUCGGAUGAUCUACACAAAACUCAUAACUCAACAACCACAGAUGGACUCUCUGCGACUUCGUAUAUAGAGUAUCCAAAGCACAAGCCAUUUAUUAAUUCGGAUUUGCUGCGCUCCCCACGGAAACCAGUAAUUCCAUAUCCUGAAAGCAACAGCAGAGCAAUAUUUUCUGCUCUGAAGAAUCUUCAGGAAAAAAUUCGUCAACUGGAGUUGGAACGGCUUCAGGCAGAGGAGAAUGUGAAACACCUCAGCAGAGAAACAGCAGACUAUAAAAAAGUGCUACGUGAACAAAUGCAACACAAAGAGCUUGACAGGACUGAAGUGUCAAAGAAAAAUCAAGAACUGGCUUCUCAACUGGCAGCUGCUGAGACUCGGUGCAGCCUUCUAGAGAAACAGCUGGACUACAUGAGAAAAAUGAUCCAGCAUGCUGAAAGUGAGAAGUCGCAUCUCCUGGAGAAACAGGGUUCGUUGGAGAGAGAUCGGCUUCUUGAUCAAUCACAUGUUCAGUUGAAGUUGGAAAAGCUGGAUAUGCUGGAGAAAGAGUACAGCAGACUCACUGCGAUGCAGUCCGUAGCAGAGAAAAAAAUGAAGAAGCUGGAACAGAAGCUGCAGGAGGAAGAACACGCGAGGAAGCUGGUUCAGGAAAAAGCAGCUGAGCUUCAGAUGGGCCUGGAAACCAACAGACGACUGAUUGAAGCAGCAUCACCGUUGCUGUCUCCAAAUGCAAGAAAACCCAGGAAGAGAAAUAAGCAUCCAGAGAAGAAAUGCUCUCGUUCAAGCCAUGUCAUUACGCAGCCCCAUUACAGACUGUGUCUGGGUGAUGUACCCUUUGUAGCUGGGAAGUCUACCAGUCCCAGUCAUUCCGUUGGCGCCAAUGUGCAACACGUCUUACACCUGAUGAAACAACACACUAAAGCUUUUUGUAACAGUCGGGUGGUAAAUGAUAUACCAGUAGCAAAACAUGUCAGCACUGCUUAUCCUGCCAGCAAAAGCAGAAAGUCAUCUUUGCCAAAGUCAUCUUCUUCAUCCCAGGAGGAGCUCUCAGAAGUGCUCAUGACUUUACAGGAUGAAUUUGGGCACAUGAGUUUUGAUCACCAACAGCUGUCAAAGCUCGUCCAGGAAGCCCCAACUGCAGCGGUGAGGGAAGAUCUGGAGAGGGAACUUGAGGAACUGGUGGGCAAGAUGGAAGCAAAGGCAGACCAGAUCAACAAAGUCCGCAGGCAUCGGUCACAGCUAGAGAGACUUAAGAGAGAUUGCAAGUCCAAAAAGACUUCUGGGAAACAAACAAAAGACAGCAGGUUCCCUGUAAGUGAGGUUAAGGUAACAACUACAGUAACCACAAAAGGAAAGAAUGCUGGUCCCAUCAAAGUGAAACCUGGAGAGAAGAGUCGGAAGAAUCUUCAGUUGUUGAGAGACAUGCAGACCAUACAGACCUCACUGCAGAAAGAUGAUAUCAGCUGGGACUACUAAUUGUUCUACAAGCCACGUUCUUGACACCAUCUUGGUCAAACUUCCUCAUGUUCUGGAUAUAAAGCAGCUACCUUUCUUGCUGUGUGAAAGAGACUACUGUAUGCUAAGUGCACUUUUGAAAUACGGGCCCUUAAUUCUCCACCCCUGGGUUUGAUUGAAUAUAUUAUGGUCUAGCUUAAAACAUACUCCAUUUUUAAGGUAGCCAGCCACUGAAUGAAACCAUAAGUCUCCACCAGUUUGUGUUAUGGUUCCAGCAGCCCCUCAGUUUUCCUUCAGCAGACCAAGCACUGCAGUUAUGUGGGUUGGUGUGUGUGAAAUGCCAGUGUGUUGAACUGUGUGUUGGGAGACUUUUCCAGAUGCAUCCUGUUGACAACGAUGCCGCAGCCCUGAGUCUCAAGGGCUUUUGUCAGUUCUGUUCUGUGUGCUGGCAGUUACUGAGCGUGCCUAAGGGAGAACAGGUACAUCCUUUUAAAGGUGUUCUAUGGAGCUUUCCUCAAAAAGCUUUCCUAGCUCUUGUUCUGCUACUUUGCAUCACUCAGCAUUAAUGGCAGUGGAAGUCUGAGUACUCAAAAAAGGAGCAAAAUAACUUUCCUGAAUUACUUUGCUUGCUGAUUGAAGUCUUUUCAAGUCUGAAGAGGGAAAUGUUUCUACAGAAAUCCUUCUUUAUCAAAAAACUGUGUGAUAGGGGAUAGUAUCCCAUCUCCUCAUCCACAGCUUUGGGUGGUAAAGGAGUGAGACAGACCACAAGGAUUUUAAAUUGCAAGUGCCUCAAUCAUGCCAUUCAGUCCAGGCAUCUUGCUUUUAACUUGAAACGUGCUUUGAGCUAUCUGCAAUGUAGUGGUGCAAUUAAUUUUGCACUCUGACUUGCACAGAUGAGUAAAUGUUAUUUAUUAUGUUAAUAAUGUAAAGAAUUUCCUAUUCAUAGAAUGUAUAGAAGACCCAGAUUAUCCAUUUAUACAGCUGAAAAACAGCAAAGCCAGCUUGCCUGUUGUCCUGUGGAAAGCUGCACUUCCUCUAAAAACUCCACUGUUUGCUGCAGCAUCAUGCCCCACCCAGUGUGCUUUGUGAUGGGACAUCUGGCUGAUCAGGGGGCUUAACAGGAGUUGCAGGUAAGGUGGGAGUCAGAGCUGUCCACCCUUGGCUGUACCUGCACAGGCAGGGAACUCUGUAGGGUGAACAUGGCAGGAGGAAUGUGAGUUUUAGUUACCUGUAGGUGAUCCACCCUGCUUGCCUCCAUGCAUCUGAGGCACGCAUCAGGAGCUGUAAACCAGGCCUUGGAGCCAUCCCUCUUCACUUAUGUUAAGAGAUGGGCUCCAGGUAGCUGAGUAACCACUUGGAGAGUAGUUCAUCCCAGAGGUUCCUAGAGAUGAGUAGCUAAAACUACACUUAGCAGUUUUGCUUGGGAAGGAUUUUUUGGGAUCAUCUUGCUCCAACAUGGGUUAACUGACUUCAGCAUUAUUACCUCAGGCUGUCUUAGAUGAGCUGAAGCUGCAGCUCCUUAAUGGUGGAGGACAUAGGAGUAUUGUAGGCUCCCUAUCUGCUGCAUACACUGAAGGAGGUGCCUGAUUUGGAGACAAGCCUACUAGGGGUGAGAGCUUCAAGCAGCAGGCAUUGAGUUGUUACCAAAUUAUCCCAGUGAAUUGGGGCUUAACAUGAGUUACAUUAAAAAAAUGUGAAUCCUCCUUUUACAUAGAAGUUACUGAGCUAAUUCACUGUAAAGUGCAGAGAUGGUGGGUUUGGUUUUUUUUAAUUGUGAAAGUAUUUUUGUAAUAUUGAGCAGCUAAGCACUGUAUUUGUAUAAAUACUGGUCUGUCUAGGAUAAGAGAAACUUGUCCAAAACUGAAUUUCAUUUUUCUAUCAUUCUAAAUUUCAGAGUUUGAACAUUAGCAGCUUGCAAAACCACAUGCAGAAGAGUAAGACAGAUUUGGAUCCAACAUCCUAAAUUUUCAAUGCUGUUUUAUUUAUGUUUGUGUGUCCUACAUGUCCUUUGGAGAACCACAUAGUUGAAAAUAAAAAACACAGGAACUUUA